AAAUAUAUUUUUCUUUCAGAUGUGAGAAGACCCUCACCACUUUCACCAAGGUGGUUACUGAUUGGCACCCUCUCAAUGCUGCCAACCMAUCACGUUGCAGCAAGUGUAAUAAGUCGAAGCAAGCCAGGAUGUUGGUGCUGGAGAGGCUGUCUCCUGUGUUUGUGCUGCACUUUGCGGAAGGUCUCCCUGACAACGACCUCAGUGUGUACUCCUUCAGCUUCCAGCAGCAGAGAUACUCCAUCACCACAGUCCUACAGUACGACCAGACACUCAACCAUUUAGUCAGCUGGAUACGCAGACCUGACGGAUCAUGGUUAGAGUUUGACGACCGGAAGCAUCCGGACUGUGUCUCGCACACCCAGCUGCCGGUCCCCCCUAGAGAGAUYCACGUUGUCUUCUGGGAGUUGGAGACGGACUCCCACAACCCACAGACACCCUGCGCUUCUCAUCCCGAAAACCUGACGAGCACUUCCUUGAUGGAGAAAGAACUGAAGCAACCUCACCUAGCCAAGCUCUUUGUCGUUAAUCAAUCUCUAGAACGUUCUCAGACGGUGUCUGAUGAUGCGAACGCUGACAUGGACGCCACCAUAACUGMCGACUAUAUAGAUAACGAUAUGGACACAACAUUAACGAAUAACGUAGACUCUCCCAUCGUCAUCGGUUCCACCUCCGUGUUCGCUGAUGUAUCGCUCCAGUCCUGGUCUCACGACCUCUCUCUGCCCCGCCCUCUCGAUGACACGGCCGCUGUCGAGGCGCUGACGGUGUCUGACGAUACCGACAACGACAUCACGGACACAGCCGGUGACCCGUCCAUCGGUUCUGCCGCGCUGCUCGACACCUUCGAAGGCCUCUCCCACGAUGACAUCGUCACCCUGACGCUCGCGUAGAGGUCAAAGUUGACUCUGAGAACAGGCCGUUGGACGACACCACCGCGGCUCCCAAACAAAAUGGAAGAGACGUCCUGGUCUU